CUUGGGUCAUCGUCCCAAACGGAAAACCAAUUUGAGGGGAUUUACUGCAUAUAUGUUGUUGGAUAAUAUCCUCUGCCCUAAGCAAACCUGUCGAUCUCUUUGAUUGCUUGGAUUUGGGAGUUGAGAGUGAGCAAGGAUUUCUUUUAUGUUGACAUCCUAUUGCUCCAUUCUCAGCUUAGGUAAGAAUUGUUGUCUUCCAGGGUCAAGGGAAAUGGCGUGCCGAAGCGUUCUGAAGACGGUCUUCGUCCAUCGGAUACUUUUGCCUAAAAAUACUUCCAAUCUCUCAACUACGACGCCGAUUUUGCGCAAUAAACUUUCGGUAAAUCACAAGACUUACCGUUUCGUAAGCAAUUGCUCAAAUGCUGGAAGCCUACCUUCAUCCAGCGAUGAUUCCGAGCAAGACCCGCCGCAGGAAGCCGUUCUGAAGGCAAUUUCAGAAGUUUCCAAGACUGAGGGAAGGGUGGGACAAAGUACUAAUGUCAUCAUCGGAGGCACAGUGACUGAUGAUUCGACGAAAGAGUGGCGUGCUCUAGACCAGAAGGUGAACACUUAUCCAACUGUUCGAGGAUUUACAGCAAUAGGAACUGGAGGUGAUGACUUUGUGCAUGCCAUGGUUGUAGCUGUUGAAUCAGUACUUCAAAAGACAAUCCCGGAAGAUCAAGUGAAACAAAAAUCAUCCUCAGGUGGCAAAUAUGUUUCUGUUAACAUUGGACCAGUUCAAGUUGUGUCCUUUGAACAGGUCCAAGCGGUGUACAGUGCCAUGAGAAGAGAUGACAGGAUGAAAUACUUUUUAUAAAUCUAGUCCAACGGCUAAGCAUCUAGAUUGUCAUGCCAUGCUUACCCUUGUUUUAUCUCUGGUUUAUCCAUGGAACCAUCAACGAUCUAUUAUCUGCAAGUCAUUCUAGAUUUAGGCUAGCUCUAGAAUUCUUGCUUGUGCAGCAGCCAUGUCAAUAUCCAACCUCUAAACUACAUUAUGCAUUACAUUUAGUAUUUA